CCUCCUCCGCAUCUCAACCCUAACCAAACCCACUCAACCCUCGCGCCGCCGCCUCCGGAUCCAUCCGCAUCGCCGCCGCCGCCGCCGCCGCCGCGAGCAUGGGCUUCGACGUGGGCGUCGUCCCCUUCAACCCGGACGGCUGGGGCCCUCCCGACUUGCCGGGCGCGGCGCCGCUGCUGGGCGGGGCCGUCGCGACGGCCUCGAUCCCCUUCGCGCCCUUCUCCCGCUCCGACAAGCUGGGCCGCAUCGCCGACUGGACGCGCAACCCGGGCCACCCGGGCGCGCACGGCCACCACGGCGCGGCCGCCGCCUCCCGCGACUCGGUCUUCGACUUCUCCUCGGCCGACGACUCGCUCGCCGCCGCCGCCGAGGACUCGUCCUUCAGCCUCGUCGACGCCAAGCCGCCGCCCAAGCACCCGCGCUUCGGGCCCAAGUGGCGCUUCAACCAGCGGCCCCAGCUCCCCCAGCGCCGCGACGAGGAGGUCGAGGCCAAGCGCCGCGAGGCCGAGAAGGAGCGCGCCCGCCGCGAGCGCCACUACCAGAACCACCGCUCCCACCACCACCAGGGCUUCCGCGGCAACCAGCAGAACACCGCCAAGCCCUCCGUCGACAUCCAGCCCGACUGGACCAUCCUCGAGCAGAUCCCCUUCGCCAACUUCACCAAGCUCUCCUUCGCCGUCGCCGACCAGCCCGAGGACCUGCUCGUCUGCGGCGCCGUCGACUCGUACGACCGCGCCUACGACCGCGUCAACCCCAAGGCGGCCCGCCGCCUCGAGCGCUUCAAGAACCGCCAGUUCUUCAAGAUCACCACCACCGACGACCCCAUCAUCCGCCGCCUCGCCGAGGAGGACAAGGCCACCGUCUUCGCCACCGACGCCAUCCUCGCCGCCCUCAUGUGCACGCCCCGCAGCAUCCUCUCCUGGGACAUUGUCGUGCAGCGCGUCGGCAACAAGCUCUUCUUCGACAAGCGCGAGGGCUCCCAGCUCGAUCUGCUCACUGUCAACGAGACUGCGCAGGAGCAGCUCCCUGAGAACAAGGAUGACAUCAAUUCCGCGCCGGCCCUUGCUGUCGAGGCCACCUACAUCAACCAGAACUUCUCGCAGCAGGUGCUGGUGCGUGAUGGCGAGAAGGUUACCUUUGAUGAGCCUAACCCGUUUGCCUCUGAGAAUGAGGAGGCGGCGCCUGUUUGCUACCGUUAUCGCCGCUGGAAGCUGGAUGAUGAUAUUAGCAUCAUUGCCCGCUGUGAAGUGCAUGCUGCUGGUGUUGAUCCCAGUGGUGCUCGCCAGUUCCUCACGCUUAAUGCACUCAAUGAGUUUGAUCCUAAGAUUACUGGUGUUGACUGGAAGCAGAAGCUCGAGUCCCAGCGUGGUGCUGUGCUUGCUACAGAGCUCAAGAACAAUGCCAACAAGCUCGCUCGCUGGACUGCCCAGGCUUUACUUUCUGGUGCUGACAUGAUGAAGUUGGGUUAUGUGUCACGUGUGCACCCCCGCGACCACUUCAACCACUCCAUACUCACUGUGAUGGGCUACAAGCCAAGGGAUUUUGCUACCCAGAUCAACCUCAACACUGCAAACAUGUGGGGCAUUGUCAAGUCGAUUGUGGACAUCUGCAUGAAGUUUGAAGAGGGAAAGUAUGUGCUUGUGAAAGAUCCUGCCAAGCCACAGAUGAGGAUUUAUCAGGUUCCUAAUGAUGCAUUUGAGAAUGAUUAUGUUGAAGAGCCACUUCCAGAGGAGGAGCAGAUUCGUCCGGCUACAGAUGAUGUCGAUGCUACUGCACAGGAGAUGGAUGCUGCUGCCGAGGCAGAGGCUAAUAAAGCAACUACUCAGGGUGGUGAGGGUGAGAAGAGUGCAGAUGCUGCUGCUGCUUGAAGGGUAUAAUGGGCCAUCUUUGCUUUAUCUAGAUAAUGUGUCUUUUCUGUUUUAUGACCUGUUUUUGUGGAUUAAAGAGUUGAACUGCCUUGUCUUGAUACAGUGGUCUUGUUUUGGUCCAUGAGAAAACUUGGUACUCUUAAAUUUCAUGCUUAGAUGUGCUAAGCUUAGCACCUACCGUUUUGGAUUAAUGACUAUUCUGGUAGUUGAAUAUUGAUUAUAUGUGAUUGAUCUGCUGUAUAUGUUUUA